UUUCGAACGUGAAGCUCGUCACAUGUGAGGGGUCUGCUUGUGUGUUUGUUUUAUUUUUGUGUGAAUUAUUUCAAAAUAUAUUUAAUAGUUCUAAUUUACUUUGUUUAGUGACAUAUUUAUUUCAGACUGAGUAAUUACAAAAUAAGUAAAAUUGAAAUCUAUAAUGAUAAAAUCACGAUGUAAAUUUAUUACUCUUGGUAGGAAUGGAGUUCUCAAAUUGUUGAAAAGAUGUAUGACUUUGUCUUUGAGCAGAUCUGGUGGAACUACCAAUGGCCGAUGUGUUGCCAACUCCGCUGAACCAAAAAUUAAAUGUUCGCUAGGUGAGAGCGCUGAAAAUAAAAAAAACAAUGAUCAGCCCCCACGAAGGAUAAUCUUCUCCGGAAUACAGCCAACAGGACCACUUCAUCUGGGGAACUACUUUGGUGCCAUUAAGAGAUGGGAAGCUUUACAAAACUUAAAUAUUCCAUGCAUUUACAGCAUUGUUGAUCUUCACUCUAUUACACUUCCCCAGAACCCACAGAGACUAAGGACCAACAUACAAGUAAUAACAGCAUGUCUACUGGCAGCUGGAAUAGAUCCAGAUAAAAGUAUCUUAUUCCUGCAAUCUCAGGUUCCUCAGCACACAGAACUGGCGUGGAUACUUGGUUGUUCUCUAACGAUGGCACGUCUAGGUCAACUUCCGCAGUUCAAGGAAAAAUCAUCAUCUUUAAAAGAAAUACCUCUUGGUUUGUAUAUCUAUCCAGUGUUGCAGAGUGCGGAUAUUCUACUCUACAAAAGAGACAGCAGCCAGCCGUUUAAAAAGUCUGAGACAGCCAGACAAAAAAAUGAGCAAAUCAGAAGCUGAUCCAAAGGGUCGAAUCGAACUUACAGAUCCUCCAGAUGUUAUCAGAGAGAAACUUAAGAAAGCAGUCACAGACUUUACGUCAGCUGUAACAUUCUCCCCAGAAGAGCGGCCAGGUGUCAGUAACUUGAUAAAUAUCCAUAAUCUGUUUACAGGACUAACUCCAGAGGAAGUCUGUAAACAGAGCACGUGUUUUGAUACAGCGCAAUACAAGCUGGUCUUGGCUGAGAUAGUUAUUGAAAAACUUAAACCUAUUCAGAGAAAGAUAGAUGAUAUUCUGAAAGAACCCCA